AUACAAUAGCAUACUUGCAUCAUACAUACUUAUAAACAGAGAGUGAUAUAAACGUUUUACAACAAUAACAACAACAACAAGAAGAACUACAACAACAGAAAAACGCAUCGUAUGUUUCAACGAAAUUUGUUGCGGAAAUAAUAAAAAAAUAUGAUGCUAUGCACAUCAGCGCCUAUGAAGCAUGUAAGUCUAAUCUCCAUUAACCACUAUAAUUCCCAAAAUAGCUUAGAACGGGUCGCUGAGGAGCUAAUGGGGCGCAGGAAAUGGAAGCAAUAUCAAGAAACAUUAAUGCGAACCCACUUAAAUUCCGACCAAUUUGUUGCAUCAAUCGAAGACAACAAUAUCGAACUGAAGAAAGAGCUGGAUAAGUUUAAAAACGGUGAAUUUAUAGAAAUCAGUGAAACAACAGCAACAAUAGAAACCCAAAACCUCGAAGAGAACCACCGCAAAGAUCUAGAGAAAAAUACAAUAACAAAACAACAACAACAACAAAAGGAGCAAGAGCACGAAAGCGUCAAGCAACCGCAAGUAAAAGAACAAGAAAUAGAAAUAAAAGAAAAUAAACAUCACAUUGAAACAGAAAACAAAGUAGAACAAGUAAAAGAAGAUAAAAAGGAUACUAAAGAAAUUAUAACAGCAUCACAAAAUCAAAAAGAAGAAACUGUUAUUACAAAUACCAAUAACAAUAAUAAUUCAUCACUUAAAAGCGCCAAUAAUACAGCAGCCGACAUCACAGUUAAAGAUUUAAAAUUAGAAUUAGAAACAUCUGGUACAAGUCCAUCAACGUCACCGCCACCACCACCACCAGAUCCCAUCGAUUGGAAACCGAAUGAUAAGUGUCAUUUUUGUGUUAACGGUAAAUUACUCACAGUGAACGCUAAAGGUGAAUUAGUGGCCGAAUCUGGCCCAACUGGGUCUGAAACGGACCACAUACAAAGAUUGGAUUGCGAAAGUGAUUCAAACGAAUCUUCAUCCAUUGCCGCUGCCGCCGCCAAUACGAAUGGUAAUUUACCAUUAAUGACUGGUGCCGGGCCUUUGACGGACAAUAAUCGUGUAACGUUAAACAAGUUACUGACGCAAAAAAUGGCUUCAAUGGAUUCAGUGGCAGCACAAUUUGCCGCCAUACAAUCAAUAUUACCAAAUUUCAAUUGGAUGAAUCAACAACAGCAACAAUCUCAACCAGAUUCGGUUACACCAACUACCUCAGAUACAUCAGCCGCCGCAAUAAGUCCCUCUCUAAAGGAUUCACCAAGUCCCAGUGAUGCCACCGGUGAACAGCCUUUAGAUUUAAGUUCCAAACCGUCUCCAAAUUCAUCAGUUAGUGGUGAUUUGAAGAGUGUUAGAAUAAAAUCAUCACGUGCUACACCUGUUCCUUCGACACGUCGCACCUACAGCGAAGAAGAUUUGAAUAACGCUCUGCAAGAAAUCCUCUCCGGUAGACUGGGCACACGCAAAGCGGCCGUACAAUUCAAUGUACCACGUUCGACGCUGCGCAACAAGAUCUACAAACUAACCACAGAGGCGAAACGUAAUAACGAACAAGCCUCACCCGAAUUGUUACAGUUGCAGCAAGAACUCGAAAAGGAUAUGUCCGGCGACGACGAGCCUGAGCUGGAGAGCAAUGCAUCGACGCCUCAACCGGAUGAUGUGGUCGUGACUCGCAUUUCAACACCCAAUUUGCUUAAGAAAUUAUGCAUCAAUAAUGGUGAGAGUGUGGAGGUGAGUGGUCAUCCAGAGGAUCAAGCCACUAUGUUGCAUGCCUCGCCCAAGCCAGCUCAUGUGGAAUCCUCGAAACCUCAAACCACAGAGGGACUACCUGAACACAAUACACAAGCCCAAAUAACAGCUUUAGAAGCCGCUCUACCGCUACUGCUGCAGACUCUCCUGCUGUCCGAUAAAAAUCUAAGAGAUGUAUUUAGUGCUCUGCUUCUCAAUUCCACCAAUAAUCUGAAAGACAUUGUGUCGGGAGCAACAACAGCUGCUAAUAGUGUUGCUGCUGCGGCCAGUGGCAGCGACAACAGUAGCCUCAAUAAUGGCAAUCAGCAGCAGGACUACCGUCCACUCUUACAGCUGUUGUUGCAGCAGCAGCAACAACAACAUCAGCAACCCACAUCAUUUGCUAGCGGCCGCCGCCUACCAAAGUCUGAUACACCCGAAACGAACUCUUCACUGGACCCGAAUGAGGCCUGCGAUGACCCUUCGGCGAUAUUGAAAAUUCCGUCCUAUACUCCAGUGGCUGGGCCUUCCAACUCCAUGGGACCCAGCAGUUCGCGUGGCUCCCCAGCACUACUGUGUCACAACAGCAAUUCGAAUCGUAACGGUGAUAGUCCCGGUCCUUUGCUGCUGGCGGCCGCUGUUAAUGCCGCCCAAAAACUAAGCACUAAAAAUCUCUCAGUAACACCGCCAUUACUGCACGGCGUAGUCGACAACCAGCCACCCCAGUCAUUGAGAAUGAGUGAUGUUAUAGCCAAUAGCAUACAUCGUACCAUGAACGAGCAGGCUAACAAGGAUGCCGUGCAUGCUGGUUCUGUUUCCCUGCUGAGCUUUGCUGCGAACUCCGAACGCAAUAGUGUGGGGUCCAUGUCAGCGGCAGGCGAUUAUAAGAAGCCCACCAUAUCGGUAGUCAAGAAUAUAGGCGGCACGGACACUUCGCGCUUUGGUACUGCUCCGAAUCUGCUGGCAGCAGAUCUGGUGCAACAUCACCAUCACACCGCUCACUUACAACAUGCCCACCAUCAUCUCAGUCGCCAGGAAGCGGCCGCUUUGGCCGCUGGCAAAGGUACACGACCCAAACGUGGCAAAUAUCGCAACUAUGAUCGCGAUAGCCUGGUGGAGGCCGUCAAAGCCGUGCAGCGUGGCGAAAUGUCGGUGCAUAGAGCUGGUAGUUAUUAUGGAGUUCCACAUUCAACACUAGAGUACAAGGUUAAAGAGCGCCAUCUAAUGCGACCGCGCAAACGGGAGCCUAAGCCCCAGCCGGGUCUAGACGGUAGUAGCAAUAGUUCAAAAACAAAUGCCAACAUUCCUGCAGGACUAACGGGUCUUGACAAACUAAAGGCCGGAAAUGGUGGCACCAAUGCCAAUUUGAAAUUGAGUGGCGCCGGUAUGAAAAACAAUGGAGGCACUGGUGCGAACGCAUUUCCGGGUAAUGCCGCAAAUGGCAUGAAACUGCCAAUGUUCGAUCCCGCCUUAGCUCACUUGCCCUACACAUCACCACUCUUUUGGCAACACAACCAGGCGGCGGCCUUCAGUCAGCUGCAAAUGGAUUUCAACCGCAAUAGCACAGCGCCCUCAGCCACCUCACCAAAUGAAGCCAGCAGUGACAUACUCAAGAGUCACAUGCAGAGAUAUCAAGAUAUGACGGGAGGAGGUGGUGGCGGUGGAGCUAGCAGUGUGGGCGGUAAUACCACAACAAACUCCUCCAAUGGCCCCAGUCCGGUAUCAAGUCCCAUACUAUCGGGUCAAGAUAUCAACAGAGCGCGUGAACUGUACGAAAGCAAUGCCGCCAAUGGAGCCUCAUUUCUCGAUGGCAUCAUACGUAAAACCCUCGAUCGCAAAAGCAAUGAAGUGAACGCGGCCAGUACCAGUGCGUCCGGCGGUGUGCUGCUGGAUCAGCUGCUGAUGAAAAAGACCCCACUACCUUUCACCAACAACCGUAGCAAUGAGUACAACUCACUGUCACCCACACACUUAGGAGCCAUCAAACGUUCGGGUAGUCCUCUUUCACUUAGUGGCACCUCCAUUAAACGGGAACGUAACUCACCACACAGUGGCGCAGCCAGUGAUGAUGGCGACGAAACUUCUCAAAGUGGUGUGGAUGAGAGUUACGAGAAUAAUAACAACAACAAGAGUGGAAAUGGUGGCUUGCAGACCUCAUUGAGCCAGCGCAGUCGCUUGGGUUCACGCGAUUCCAACUCCGAGACGGACAACAGCAGUUUGAAAAGUGAACGACAAAUGAGCAAUCACCAUCAUCAACAUCAGGGACAUCACAACAAUGGCAGCAAUGUCAUCAAUAUGCUGGAUAUAAAUGGUGGAGUUGGUGGCGGCGGCAGCAGUAGUGGUGGUGGCCUCAACUCAAUAAAUGUUAAAACCGAAAUUCCUAACCUCGAAACGGGCACCUCUAUACUACAAGAGAAACUCUCACAAAUCAAGGCCGAACAGCAGGAGAGCGAAGAAAACUUAUAGAAGCAAAUGCCAUAUGGAACAGUAGGUAUAGGAGUAGCAGGAGGCGGAGCAGAUCUAGGUCUUAUGGCACCACAACAUUAUGCAGGCCCACACUAUCAUCAGCCCCACCAUCAUCAACAUCAUCAUCACUCUCAUCUGCAACACACAUGGUAUGAGCCCCAACAACCUCAACAUCAAACUCACACGUCUUGGUAUGCUGGAGUGGGCGGUGCACUGGGCCCCGGCCAAAGUGGUAAUGAAACAUUAGCUAAUAACUAUUACAGUUACUGAAUGCUCUAAAAUAUUUUGUCAACCAAAUGUAUAGGGAAUAUUUUAGACAACAAAUUAAAUUUAGUAAAAUUAAGUUAAACAACAAAUAACAAGUUAAAUUGAAGAGCGAACAUACUACUUUUAUAAUACAUACAUACAUUUCUAAAGAGAGCAAAGCAAGCAAGCAAGCAAGCGAGAGGAAGUAAAAAGGAAUUAGUCAAAAUUUUUUUUGUUUAUUUUUUAAAAAAAAAUUAAGCAACAACAAAAAAAAUAAAACAAAAAUACCAAUAAUAAAAAUCCCACAAAAUUAGUUUAAAAAGUAAAUGAAAAACUUAAAAAAUAAUACAAACAUACAUAUAAAAUGAAAAUAAUUAAAGUGUAAAAUCAAGAGAAAUUAAAAGAAAAGAUAGAAGGCAAGAAAACAAACAAAAUAUGAUCUUUGUACAGAAAGUAGAAAAGUAAACAAAAAUGUUUUAAACAUGUACGUCUCUUUUUUAAAGCCCAAAAACAAAAAUAGUUAAUAAAAACAACAACAACAACUACUUAACAUAACAGUACUACAUAUUUAGAUUAUAAAGACAACAUUCUCUUUACAAAUUCAUAUAUAUAUUUACAUAUAUAUAAAAGAUUAUUGUUUUUUUUUUAAUUAAUAAAUAAAUAUAUACAAACAUCUAAAUAUAUAUAUAUAAAAAUACAUACGUACAUAAGCAUAUGUAUAAAAAUAACUCGA